AUGCAAGAGAAGAAAAUGAAGUCGAAGGAGCUGAAACGGAAAAAUCUUCUGGAUUCAAUACAAAGGAUCGAAGAUUUCUUGAUGAACUUCAACGCUGAACGAGAUGCAAAUGAAAUAGCAAUACGUCUGGAUCGACUGGAUAUCCUCAUGGAAACGUUCGAAUCGAUCCAAGAAGAAUACGAAGCAUUUGACGACAGUGAUGAAUUUGUGGCGGUUAAUACGAAAGUAAGGGCAAAGGUUGAAGAGCAGUUCUUUCGGGUGAAAGGUGGUCUCGUCAACAAGCUCCCUCCUCUUCCUCCAACCCCAGUAGACUCUUCGAUCCAUCAUGGUUCCCCAGCCAUUCCUCAUGCCACCAGUGUGAAGCUCCCUACCAUCGAAUUACCACGGUUUGAUGGUGACCUGAAUGAAUGGUUGACAUUCCACGAUUCUUUUUCCUCGUUGAUUCACGCGUCACUAGAAAUUCCCUGCAUACAAAAGUUCCAGUACCUACGUGGCUUGGGAAGCCCUUCUAAAUCGUUAUUCGAAUACCUACCUACUAAAAAAGAAGCAUCUACAGUCUCUGAUGGUCCAUUCGAAGGCUCCGGGAAAAUCAGCUGUAGUGCUGUUGUGGAAGAUUUCGAACGACAUGUGAAAAUAUUAAAUCAGCUUGGAGAACCUACAGAGCAUUGGGGCAGCCUGCUUGUUCAACUGCUGUGUUCUCGAGUCGACGUUCACACCCUCAAGGAAUGGGAAGAAUUUGUUUCUGCGUACGAGGAGCCAACUUACGAAAACCUCAUCGAUUUCCUGACUCGGAAGGUUCGAACUCUGGAGUCACUUCAUAUCUCGGCUGAGCAGUCCAACGCUUCGUCCCAUGGAAAGCACUAUCCCCCUGUCAGGCAACAUAAAACCCAAACACAAUCAUCUUCGAAGAUCAACUCCUAUGCAGCAGUGGAAAGCUACCAACCCAAAUGUCUAGCUUGCAACGAUCAUCAUCCGUUAGUUAAAUGUCCAGUAUUUGAAAAGAUGCAACUGAAGGAACGAUUACAUUUAGUCAACACGAAACGGAUUUGCAGUAAUUGCUUUAGAAGCAAUCAUUUCGUACGAAACUGUUCGUCAAGCUACUCCUGUAAGCAUUGCCAAAAACGACAUCACUCGCUGUUGCAUCCUGGGUUCGAUGCGUCAGUAUCGAACAAUAAUCCAAAUUCAAAUGGUCAAUAUAGUCGAACAGCUCCCAAUCCUCCAAGGCUCAACGAUUCCAUUGGUGUAACAACAGCAACUACUUCUGGUGCAAUUUCUUCCAACUCAGCGGUAGAAUCUCGUGGUAUCAACGUUUUCCUAUCGACAGUUGUCGUCAAAGUGCUAGACGGUUAUGGAAAUGAGCAUUUGGCGCGAGCUCUCCUGGAUAGUGGCUCACAAAGCAGUCUAAUGAGUGACCGGCUUUGUCAAAAACUCCGAUUGUUCCGUCAUCGUAUUGAUCAACCUAUACUCGGUGUCGGCGAAUCCAUAAUUCGAGCAGUUUGUUCGGUAGCUACCGAAGUUAGAUCGAGAGUCAGCGAUUUUUCCUUUCCUCUCAAUUGUUUGGUGCUCAAAAAAUUAACAACCGAUCUACCCCCUGUGAGCAUCGCUACAACAAAUUGGAAUAUACCUAACUACAUCACCCUGGCCGAUCCUGAGUUCAAUAUAGCCCGGAAAGUGGAUCUGAUUAUUGGCGCCGAACAUUUUUAUGCAAUCCUUCAAGGUGGCCGGUUGCAAAUAGGCCCACAAGCCCCAACUUUAAUUGAAAGUAAGUUUGGAUGGUUUGUAUCUGGAAAAGCUUGUUAUGACCCAAUGCCCCAAGCUAUGGUUUGUUGCACCUCCACUCUGGAAACCCUGAAUCAAAACAUCGAGAAGUUUUGGAAACUAGACGAACUGGAUAAUGUUACCCUUUCCCCUAACGAUCAAUAUUGCGAGGCAUUCUACAAGGAUACGGUCACAAGAGAUUCCACUGGGCGAUACUCUGUGAAAUAUCCCAAGAAAGAAGGAUUUGAAACGAUGAUAGGCGAGUCUUACUCUAACGCAAAAUCCCGGCUAGGAAGUUUAGAACGUAAAUUGGACCAAAAUCCCAUCCUAAAGGAAAGGUACCACGCAUUCAUGGCGGAAUUUAUUGAACUGGGACACAUGCGAGAGGUACCAAUGGAUGAACCAAAUCCCGAUACAGUAUGUUUUCUUCCUCAUCAUGCUGUGUUGAAAGAAUCAAGCACCACUACCAAGGUACGGAGUGUGUUUGACGCCUCUGCCAAAACAAGUACUGGAUUCUCGCUCAACGAUUCGCUAUUAGUUGGCCCUGCCAUACAAGACGAGCUCUUCGAUAUCCUGCUCCGAUUUCGCAAAAAUUCGGUUGUAUUGUUAGCUGAUAUCGAGAAAAUGUAUCGGCAGAUCGUACUCCAUCCCGAUGACCGCCCCCUAAUACGUGUGUUGUGGAGAUUCAAUAAGACAGACCCGAUAACUAAAUAUGAGAUGACCACAGUGACAUACGGAUUGGGACCAUCGUCAUUCUUAGCGACACGUACACUACAUCAACUCGCCGAAGAUGAAAGUGAUUCGUUUCCUCUCGCCGCAGCCGCUUUAAAGCGAGAUUUUUAUAUGGAUGACUUCGUUCGGAGCGAAGUAGACAUCACGACAGCUAUACGGUUGCGUAAAUAA